AAAAUUCCAAACUUGACGAGCCUUUAUAUUUAACUGAGAAAAUAAAAUUCUUUCAGUAAUAUUUAACACCUUAAUCAUCAACUUUUAAUCAGAUCAAAAAAUAAAAAACAAAUUAAAAAUGACAACAUAUACAGAUAAAGGAACAAAACCAGAAGCUGGUAAAUUUUUGUCUUUUGAUUCAAUUAAAUUUUGGGUUGGUAAUGCAAAACAAGCAGCAAGUUUUUAUUGUUCAAGACUUGGAUUUGAGCCACUUGCAUAUAAAGGUCUUGAGACUGGUUGUAGAAAAUUUGCUUCACAUGUUGUUAAACAAAAUAAAAUUAUAUUUAUAUUUGAAUCAGCAUAUGAGCCUGAUGAUCAAGACAUGGCUUUUCAUAUUUCAAAACACGGUGAUGGUGUAAGAGAUGUUAGUUUUUGUGUUGAAGAUAUUGAUGCUAUUGUCCAGUUUGCAAUAAAACAUGGUGCUAAAUUAAUUAAAAAUAUAUGGGAAGAAAAAGAUGAUUUUGGAGUUGUAAAAAUGGCAACUGUUCAAACUUUUGGUGAUACAUUGCAUACUUUUAUCGAUAGAAGCAAGUACAGAGGAAAAUUUCUUCCUGGAUAUAUUGAUGCAAAUGCCGAUUCAAUCACAAAUCUACUACCAAGAGUUGGACUUAAUUUUAUUGAUCAUUGUGUUGGUAAUCAACCUGAUAAAAAAAUGGAAUCAGUUGCCAAAUGGUACGAAGAAUGUCUUCAAUUUCACAGAUUUUGGUCAGUUGAUGAUACACAAUUACAUACAGAAUUUUCAGCUCUUCGUUCAAUUGUCAUGACAAAUUACGAAGAAACAAUUAAAAUUCCAAUAAAUGAACCAGCAAAAGGAAAAAAAAAAUCACAAAUACAAGAAUAUGUUGAGUAUUAUGGUGGUCCUGGAAUUCAACAUAUUGCAUUAAAUACAGAUAAUAUUAUUUUAGCUGUAGAAAAUUUAAAAAAUAGAGGAACUGAAUUUUUAUAUGUACCAGAUAGUUACUAUGAUUUACUAAGAAAUAAAUUAAAAACAAGUGAAACUAAAAUACAUGAAGAUAUAUCAGUACUACAACGUUUUGGAAUUCUUGUUGAUUAUGAUGAAAAUGGUUAUUUACUUCAAAUAUUUACUAAAAAUAUGCAAGAUAGACCAACACUAUUUAUUGAAAUUAUUCAACGUAGAAAUCAUCAUGGUUUUGGUGCAGGUAAUUUUCAAGCACUUUUUGAAGCUAUUGAAAUUGAACAAGCAAAACGUGGUAAUCUUUAAAAAAAAUAUCUCAUUAAUUUACUUGAAUUAAAAUUAAAUUAAUUAAUCAUUUAUUUAAAUAUAUAUUUUUUUGAUUCAAAAAUAAAUUUAUUGUAUACUCGGUAAAACAAUUAUAUAAGAAUUCAUAAAUCUACAUUUUUCGUUUUGUAAUUUAUGAAUUUUAUUAUUAAUUUUUCGUAUAAAAAAAGGAAAAAGAAAAAAAAAAAAAAGAAUAAUAAUAAUUAUAAUAAUGUAUUUUAAAGAGUUUACAAAAAAAAAGCAAAUAAUGAAAAUUA